AGAGAGAGGGAAACCAAGGGUUGGAGCGAGAAGCGUACUCUUGUAAUUGACAAGGUUGCAAUGGUGAAAUAAACACGUUCAGUCCGCGGCACUGAGUUCUCGUUGCACAAUCAGGAAAAGACAAGAACUGUGUGCGCUAACUUUCUCACUGGGGUUCCAUUGCAAAAUCAGCCAAGGGCUUUAUCUCCCCCCCAAAAAAACUGGAAAUUAUGUUCCGAUCGGCGCUGAUCCAACCGGCAAGAUGAUGAUUUUACCAAGGAGAGGGUUAGAUUGUGUAGCGGAUUCGGUGGUCUUGGUGCUCCUGGUGGUGACCGCUUCUCUCGGUACCGUGCUGGCCAAGGAUACUGCCUUUGUGGAAGUGGUGCUGUUUGAGUCCAGUCCCAAUGGAGAUUAUACGACUUACACUACAGGUUUGCAGGGACGAUUUUCAAAAGCUGGAGCUACUAUCAGUGCGGAGGGCGAGAUCGUGCAGAUGCACCCUUUGGGACUAUGUAACAAUAACGAUGAAGAGGACCUCUAUGAAUAUGGCUGGGUUGGUGUCGUCAAGCUUGAACAGCCAGAGUUAGAUCCAAGCUGUCUAACAGUACUGGGAAAGGCAAAACGUGCAGUCCAGAGGGGGGCGACAGCUGUCAUCUUUGAUGUCUCUGAAAACCCUGAUGCGAUUGAUCAGCUCAAUCAAGGCUCAGAGGAUCCUCUCAAGAGGCCUGUUGUAUACGUGAAGGGUGCCGACGCUGUAAAGCUGAUGAACAUUGUGAAUAAACAGAAGGUGGCUCGAGCAAGGAUCCAACACAGACCACCCCGGCAGCCAACAGAGUAUUUUGAUAUGGGGAUUUUUCUUGCCUUCUUUGUGGUGGUGUCCUUAGUGUGCCUUGUCCUCCUCAUUAAGAUUAAAUUAAAGCAACGAAGAAGUCAGAGCUCUAUGAACAGGAUGGCCAUCCAAGCACUUGAGAAGAUGGAAACACGAAAAUUCAAGUCGAAAGGCAAAGGUCUUCGAGAAGGCAGCUGUGGCACAUCAGACUCGCUGAGCAGCAGCUCCACCUCUGAUUGUGCUAUCUGUCUGGAGAAGUACAUUGACGGAGAGGAACUGCGCGUGAUUCCAUGUGCUCACAGAUUUCAUAAGAAAUGUGUGGACCCUUGGCUGCUUCAGCAUCAUACCUGCCCCCACUGCAGACAUAAUAUAAUUGAACAAAAAAAGGGAAACCCUGGACCUAUCUGCAUGGAACCUGGAAACCCAGCCCACGGUCGACAGCAGAGAGUCGUUCUUCCUGUGCAUUACCCGGGGCGAGUGCACAGAGCCGGCCAAGUGACUGCGUACCCCACUCGGACCAGCAUCGACCCCCACGGCAACCCCAUUACCGUUCUGACUGUGGAGCAGCACGGCGACCAGAAUCUUUAUCCGGCCCAAUCCUCUGCUUUCAUCCAAAGCUACCCUCCCCUCCACCUGGACCACCCGUUGAACCCCCACCACUGUAGCAUGGAGCACCGGGCUGCGCCGUACCCCCAGCCUCAUGCUUUCAAGCGGCCCAAGUUCAACGGGCGCAGCUUUUCCCGGGCCUCCUGUUUUUCUCAGUACGAGACCAUGUACCAGCACUACUUCUUCCAGGGCCUGACCUACCCUCAGCCUGAGGGCCACCCAGGAAGUGGGCCCCAAAAAGGUCACAGCCGGGCCUUCCAACAAGGCAUGCUGUACCCCACGGUGGUCCACAUGGCUCCCACCUCCUCCUCCUCGCGCCUCGGCGAGAGCGGAAGCUCGUCCAGCUUCAGCUGUUACCAUGGCCACCGCUCGGUGUGCAGCGGGUACCUGGCGGACUGUCCGGGCAGUGACAGCAGCAGCAGCAGCUCGGGCCAGUGCCACUGCUCCUCCAGCGACUCCAUGCUGGACUGCACCGAGGUGAGCAAUCAGGGAGUCUAUGGGAGCUGUUCCACUUUCCGGAGCUCCCUGAGCAGUGACUAUGACCCUUACGUGUACCGAAGCAAAAGCCCUUGUCGAGGGGCAGCGGGAGAGGCUGGACCUAGCUUCCUUCCCGCCCCUCAGGACGAGUCUCCUGCCUCUUCUGGCCAAGACUGCCUCCAGCCCCCUGCCGGGGCUUCCUUCAUCUCAGGGGACCAGCUAUCCAGCUGUAGCCUGGAGCCGAACUAUAGCAGUCACUCUUCACUGGAACCCAGGGAAACCAAUACCACUACCUCAGCCGGGGCCCCAGAGGGCGCUGGACCAGAACUCCUGGGCUGGAAUAAAGUGGCGGAGGAAAGGGAUCAGGGGGCGGCCUACAGCUGCUGUUUUGAGAUUCCGCCCUCAGCGUCUGAGAGCAAAGGUCAGGAGGUGGGUGGAGCCACAUUUCUGGGAACAGCCCGCUGUAUGCAGGGGGUGGAGCCUAGGACCCCUUUAGGAUCCACCCCUCAGAACUUGUUCAGUGUUAACACGGACCACUUGUGCCCAGCGGAGCAGGGGAACUACGAAGGACUGCCUUGCUGUUUUUACGAGGAGACGAAUGCUCGCCGGAGCAACGGGGGCUGCUAUGCCGAGGACUAUGCGGUGAAUGUACAGUACGCGCGGACUGAUGCCGACCCGCAGGCGUUGCAGAGGUGCUGUGAACUCGGUCAGCGGAUACCAAUCAUCACUGAGGACAUGGAUUGUGAGCUGGGUUUGGCCCCAGGGCCUCAGAUGGGCUUGCUUUCCGCAAACCUACCUGAGGAAGGGAGAAGCAGGGCUGGGGACCGGGAAGAGUCUAAUGAACUGUACGUGCCCUCUGCGCAGUUUGGGGGUCAGAUAUUCCCCCAUGAGGAGGAAACCAGGGCUCUUUUCCGCAACAGUUGCUCCAGUUUCCACAAAGCACAGGGAAACUGCAAAGCUGGAGGGUCAGGACCAUCCCAUGAUUUGGAAAAAGAAAGCGUGGCAGACCCCAGCCUGUGAGGUUUUUAAGUUCGGUUAUACGGGAAGUUUUUUUAUUCUUUAAAUUAAUAUUAAGACUCCAGUUUGUGUAAGACUUUUUGAGGGUUUUUAUUUUUGUUAUAUAUAUAAAUAUAUAUAUAUUUUUUAGCUUUGACAAACACAAAAAGUGGUAAUAUGGAGAAAUGUUAAAAUCUUAAUUUCCUUUAACCCCAGACUGUCGUGCUGUUCUUGUUUGUUUCGCUUUGUGUUCCGUUGUGGGUUAUAGGAGAAGCAGUCUAAUGGAUGUGCUCUACUUGGUGUGUGAAAACCAGGCCACACCAGGACCCUAAUCUUUCGAACCCUGCUCUCCAGAGUUUCCACCCUACUACUUGACUCAGGGUUACUGCUGCCUUAGUAGCAAGCCAGCAUUUAAUUAAUGUUCGCUCAUUGUUGUGAAUCAGUGGAGCUUGGUUUUAGCACUGUAGGUAUAGAAUUAACAAAAAACAACUCUGAUGGGUAAAACCGUUGAGAAAGGUUGUUUCAGUAAUAUGACAAGGGAAAGACUGUUUUCUGUGAGCCUAAUAUUUACAGUCGGCAAAGGACUGGUGUUCCAUCUGUGUUUCCUACAAGUGUCAUUCUGAGCUUUACACAGCCUUUUUUUUCCUGAGGCAGGGAUAUCAACCCUACACCUCCUUUUCAGUCAGUUUUCUUCAGGUGUAAUGUAUAGGGUCGAGAAACUAGUUUUAUUUCAGUGUGUCGGGGAAAGGCCAAAGCAAGGUAGUUAACCAAGAUAGUAAUGGAAGAUUAAUUAAAUCCUCAAAAAGUGGCAUUUAAAAAAUAUCCAUCUGGUAUCGUUCAAUAUGUUGUCAGCUUAUGCCUUGUUUGUUUUACAGACUUUUUAAUACUGUUUCUAUGAAAUGUAUCCAUGCAGCUGAGAGACUACCAGUUCAAGAACCCUAUUUAUACGUGACAUUUUAACUCAAUGCUGUAAUUUUUGAACACUAAAAGACUAAUCUUGCCUUUUCUUAGAGAUCUACACUGCAAAAAUUGCAUUUGUGAGGGUACUUGAGGCACUAUUUAAUUUUUUAUUUGUAGCACUUAAAAAGGAUUGUAUAAAGAAAAGCUUGGUGUACAAAAUUUGUAAUAUUUUUAAUUUUUUAAUAUAAUUAUUUUCUCCGUCAUUACCAUUUUACAAUGUUUUAAAAGGCUAGAAAAUCAAUCUGUGUAUAUUUCUGUAUAUGUAUAGCAGCACAUUUCAUUUAUGGAAAUAUGUUCUCGGAAUAUUUAUUUACUAAUAUAUUUAUCUUUAAGCCAUGUCUUAUGUUGAGAGUGUAUGAACGCUAUUGAAAUCUUUUUUUUUUGAGAAAUCACUAACAUGAGACUUUGUAAAUACAUGAUAAUUGCACACAAAGAUUAAAUAUUCUCUGACCAAAAAACGAUUUUUAAAUUUUAGUACUAUACAGUUUUGUAACAAAGUGUACAAAGGCCCUGUAAAAAUACAGUUUUAUUCAAGUAAA